AGAGAUUACUCACAUUUGUGCAAAUUGGAUGGAAUAUAUGCUGCUAAAUUCUUCAACGAACAUGGCAAUAUGACAAUAAGGCAUGCAUAACGAUAACACCAUUAUCAUAGUAAACGAAAAUGAUGUGUAGAUAAAUGUUUUUUCUUCUUCUGUUCAUAGGCAUCUACGUAGACUUUUUCGUAUUUAUGGAAUGUAACAGAAUUUGUAUUCAAUUUAGGUUCAUUUAUUUUUUAAUUUUUUAGAUAAAUUUUUCCAUGGAGCGUGGCCAAAGUCGUGCAAGACAAUGGUGUCAAUCAUUGAGUCCUGAAGAACAUCAAAGAUAUCUAGCUCGACGACGUCUAAUAGCACAAGAAAAAAGACAACAAAUUCCAACUCUAUAUGAUGAUCAUACUAUGACAUCCCCCAGUAACAUACAACAAGAAAUUCCUGGUCCCAAUAAUAUACAAGAACGGGUUCAGUUGGCUAACUAUGAUGUUGAGGUCGACCCCAGUAAUAUAGAACAACAAAUUCCUGAACAAAUUGAGCAUGAAAGCGCGAAUUCAAGGGUUUUGUCAGAUAUCACAAAUCAUGAUGACCAAACUUCUACUAGAAUGCGUACUCAUAUGGGACAGUUAGCACAUUCAAAUAGGUCACAAAUAUCUUAUGGGAUGCUCUCAAUUCCUCCCCACAAUGAUGAAAAUGAUAAGAUCAAUAACCUAGAUGAGUAUGACCGAAUUGUUAAAGCUGAAAUACCAAAUGAAGAUGUAGAGCCUCAACUUUAUAAUGUGGUGUUAAAGCAUAUGAUUCAUGGCCCGUGUGGGAUUCAUAAUCCUCUAUCUCCAUGUAUGAAAAAUGGGAGUUGUAAGAGAAAGUUUCCCAAACCAUUUGCACCAGUCACCGUUCAAGGGAAUGAUUCGUAUCCAAUUUAUCAAAGGCGAGGAAAUCGAUUGCCCGUCUCACUUAAUCGACAAGGAAACAUAAUGGUUGAUAAUAGUUGGGUCAUUCCAUAUAAUCCAUGGUUGCUGUUAAGGUAUGAUUGUCACAUCAAUGUCGAAAUUUGCGCAAGCAUAAAAAGUGUCAAGUACUUAUAUAAGUAUGUUUACAAAGGCCCAGACAGAGUGACAGUUGAAGUGCAAUCAGACCCUCAAUACGAUGAAAUAAAGCAGUUUCAGGAUGCAAGAUGGGUUUGCGCACCAGAGGCAUUAUGGAAAAUAUUCAAGUUCAUUAUUAAUCGAAUUUAUCCAUCUGUUGAGCGAAUGCAAAUACAUCUUCCUAAUAUGCACCAAGUUCAGUUUCGUGCCGAUGAAAGCAUAACAAAUAUUCUACAUGAUGAGAGUACAAGAAAGACAAUGUUGACUGAAUUUUUUACACUUAAUCAUGUGGAUGCAGAAGCGCGACAUUAUUUAUACAUGGAGACACCAUCACAUUACAGAUGGAUUCAAGCUCAAAGAAAGUGGUCUAAAAGAAAGAAUCGUAACAAGGUUAUUGGGCGAAUAUAUGCAGUUUCACCUGCUGAAGGCGAAAAAUUUUACCUUCGGAUUCUUCUUAAUCAUGUUAGAGGACCAACAUCCUUCACAAACUUGAGAACAGUUAAUGGGGUUUUGCAUCCAACAUUUAAGCAGGCAGCAGAACAACGAGGUUUGUUAGAAAGAGAUGACAGUAUUCGACAAUGUUUGUUAGAGGCCUCCACAAUUCAGAUGCCGUCGGCUUUAAGAAGAUUAUUCGUCACCAUAUUGGUAUAUUGUGCACCAAUUGGUGUUCGAGGGUUAUGGGAUGAGUUCUGUCCAUUCAUGAUGGAAGAUUAUGUUUCCAUGACUAACAUAACUCCCACACUUGCUACCAACAUACUCUUGCGUGAGUUGAACAUACUUUUGGUUCAAUUUAACAAGAGUAUAAACGAGUUUGAUUUGCCCCAAAUGACAAGAAGAAAUGAAUCAAGUUCAGGAAUGACGGGAUGUAUUGAAGAUGAAAUAUCCAUAUGUAUUCCACAACAAGAUCUUGAUGCAAUUGAACGCUUAAAUGAUGACCAAAAAAGUGCGUUUAACAUAAUAAUGGGUGCAGUUCAACGAUCGGAUAAUGCAACUUUUUUUGUGGAUGGUCCCGGUGGAACUGGAAAAACUUACUUAUAUCGCGCAUUGUUAGCAAGCUUGAGAAGGUUGGGGCACAUAGUAUUAGCAACAGCAUCAUCUGGAAUAGCAGCUACGAUAUUGCCUGGUGGGAGGACAGCACAUUCUAAAUUCAAGAUACCACUUAGUCUCGAUGCAUCAUCGAUGUGUUCGAUCGGUAAACAAUCUGAUUUAGCAAAGCUAAUACAAAAGGCAAAGGCAAUUAUUUGGGAUGAAGCAACAAUGACGCAUCGUCAUGCAUUUGAAGCACUCGAUCGAACGUUCAGAGACUUAACAGAUAUUGACUUACCAUUUGGGGGGAAGAUAAUGAUAUUUGGGGGAGAUUUUCGACAAGUUCUUCCUGUUAUCCGGAAAGGAACCAAGUCCGAACUAAUCCAAGCAAGUGUUGUUAAGGCAUCAUUUUGGUCACAAGUAAAGAUUUUAAAACUCAAACAAAACAUGAGAUCCAUAAAUGAUUGUGAAUUUUCAGAAUUUUUACUUCGUGUUGGUGAUGGGAAUGAAGAUGUUAUUAUGGAUGAUAUGGUAAAACUACCUGAAUGCAUGGUGAUACCAUGGGAGAGUGAGCAUUCCAUUAAUCAAUUAAUUGCCAAAAUCUUCCCUGACUUAGAGGAUCAUAUAAAUGAUGCAACCUACAUGGUGGAAAGGGCAGUGGUAACUCCUACAAAUGAAGACGUUGAUAUGUUGAAUGAAAAGAUAAUCAAUAUGUUUCCGGGUUUAGAAGAGACAAUGUAUUCAUUUGAUUCAGUUGAGGAUGACGCAAGGAAUUUGUAUCAGCCAGAGUUCUUGAAUUCAAUCUCACUUGGUGGUUUGCCUCCGCACAAGUUAACUCUGAAAAGAGAGUUUUCUUACCAAGAAUCCCUCUCAAAAGUACUGAUACUGCUGGGCUUCCAUUUGAACUUACAAGAAAGCAAUUUCCAGUGAAACUAAGUUUCUCUAUCACUAUAAACAAAUCUCAAGGUCAGACAAUACCACAUGUAGGCGUUUACCUUCCAGAUCAUGUCUUCAGCCAUGGACAAUUAUAUGUGGCUUUAUCGAGGGGGGUCUCAAAGUCAACCACAACCGUGUUAGUAAAAAGUGGCUCCAUAGUAGGCCAACAAGGUGUAUUUACACGGAAUGUAGUAUACAAAGAAGUCUUGCUUCAUUCCAGCUAAUUAUGGUGAUUCCUAAUAGGUAACAGCUUUAUUAACGAUAACCUUUCAGUAUG